AUGGUGACCGGCAAGUCGCAGCCGGCCACUGAGCCCAUUCCUCCGCUGCCCACCUCGCCCGACCCCGUGGACUCCAACUCGCCGCCGUCUAAACGCGACCUCGCCUCGUGGUGGAGGCAGUUCAAAAGGAACACCAGGAAAGAUGAAUUGAAAGGUACAGUGCCGACCAUACGUUUCCCCUAUGCGACGGCGAUGCUACCGCUGCGCCGGGAAUUCCGUCGCUCCGACCAGCUUGCCCGCCCCUUCGGCGUUCGGCAACCGCCGCGAGGCAUCUUCGGUGUACCACUCAACGUCAGCAUCAAGUACGCGAACGUCGCCAUCUCCCUGACCAACGAUCACGGCGAAAGUUUCAUCUAUGGUUAUGUUCCAAUUGUUGUCGCCAAGUGCGGUGUCUUUCUGAAGGAGAAAGCCACGGACGUGGAAGGCAUCUUCCGCUUGAACGGCUCCGCCAAGCGUAUCAAAGACCUACAGGAGAUCUUCGACUCACCCGAGCGAUACGGGAAGGGGCUGGAUUGGACAGGAUAUACCGUGCACGAUGCGGCCAACGUGCUGCGUCGGUACUUGAAUCAGUUGCCGGAGCCGAUCGUCCCGUUGGAAUUCUACGAGCGCUUCCGGGAGCCCUUGCGCACCUACCAGAAGCAGGCUCAAAGCGAAGAUCAAGCGGCCGAUGCGGACAAGUUUGAUCACGCCAAGGCCGUUGAAACGUACCAGCGGCUGAUCAUUGAGCUGCCGCCCUUGAACAAGCAACUGCUCCUCUAUAUCCUCGACCUUCUCGCAGUCUUUGCAUCCAAGUCCGACCAAAAUCGCAUGCCCUCGGGGAACCUGUCGGCUAUCUUUCAGCCCGGGAUGCUGUCCCACCCGCAGCAUGACAUGUCGCCCGAAGAGUACAAGCUGAGCCAGGAUGUGCUGAUCUUCCUCAUCGAGAAUCAGGAUCACUUUCUGUUUGGGAUGAGUGGCACCGCAGCCGACGAGCAAACGAUGAAGGAGGUUGAGGCGGGCAUGCCGCCCAAGACGUCGCACUCGAAUAUCCGUCGCUCCGUGUCCAGCGCCAGUGGAAGCACCGAGGGGCACCGCAAGCUGGACACCCUGCGCCGUAACGUCUCUGUUUCAUCGAAAAACUCGCGGAACUCCAACAAUGCCCCAAGCCCUGGUACCCCAACAUCUGCGUCUGGUGGUGGCGUUCACCGCAGUAACACCUUGCCGUCUAAGAUGACUCCCGUGGUGGCUUCUGCGCGCUAUUCACGACCCAACGAGGCCAGCGCAACCAAUCAAACUGGUCUCUCCGCCUCCCAUCAAAGUUCUCGAUCGACCAGUCGGACGCCAUCGGUGCUCGAAGAGUCAGAAGAGCAGGACCAUAGUCAAGCCACCGUGGGACCGUCCACGCUAGCUGCCUCGUAUAAGCAUACCUCGACUCACGGCCCCGUACCAGUGGCGGCUUCCGAGCGUCUCAGUACCAGCGACACCCCACGUCCGCAGGAAAUUCUGCAAACCCCCACCUCUCCGCCCCCUCAAGCCCUGACGCCGACCCGUGAACGGAAACUCUCCAGCCUCUUUAGCAAAUCACCCCCCGCAGAUGGAGAGCAGAAGGAAACCCGGCAGCCAAAUCGGUUGAAGAAGCGACGAAUUCCUGGCAGCGCCAGUGCCAGUGCCCAGAGCUCAUCAAAUUCUUUGCAAGGAGUGAACUCGGAAAGUGUGGAUACUGUUUUGGAAUCGUCGCGUGGAAGGCAGUCGGCGGACAUCAGCAUGGGUGAUACCACCCCUCGACCAGCUCAGUCGGCAACUUUGGGCUCUCAGGCAGAGUCCAAUGCAAACCCUGGUGAGAACACACCGCAGCCGGCGACGGACAGUUCCCUCCGACCCCAUAAAUCCCGCACUCCUUCCAUGAACUCGCGCUCUUCGUUCACCGACCACUCGGACCUAGAUCAAACCGACGAGGCGUCACGAUCCGAGCGCCGAGAUCACCGCCGCAGCUGGCGAUUCCCUCGCUCGUCUAAACGGAGCAGCGAACAGCUUGGACUGGGUCUCUCAUCUCCGCCCCUCGCGGCAAACAACCCCGGUGCCGAACAGAGCAGUAGCUCUGUCGGAAAUGACGUACAGAAUGCUUCUAGCGAUCUGUCGGGCCAACCGUUGAGUUUGGAUGCCGAGGUUCAAGGCAAUGGUGCGUCUAGCUCCGAGCCAGAGAAGAAAAGCCUAUUUGGCAAAUUCAAGGCCAAGGUCGCUCAAGUCCGGGAUGGCGUAAAGGAUGAUCGCGAUCGAAACAAAAGCCCUGGUCUCUCGGACACAGAUCCUUCUCUCACGAGCCAGCCGCUGUCCCCGACCAGUCCUGACCAGGCCAAUGGCACGCCACCAUCCACUGAGGCGCCGCGAGAGCAAUCGAAGGAAGAGCCUCUUCGCUCCCCUGUUUCUCCCAUGCCUGGUGGACUUCCGCCUUCGAUCCCUGAGGAGCCUCAUAGCCCGGUGGUGCCGUCCGCUGCCCCAGCUCCGGACCCCGCCAAAGAUGUGUCUCAAGCUGCAAGCACCGAGACUGCUGAGGCACCGACCUCGGCACCAGUGAGCUCUUCUGAUGCUUCCAAGGAGGCUUCCAAGGAGGCUGCAGAGCCCACUACUUAA